GAUAUAUUUCAUCCACUUAUUAAAUAAUAACAAGCUACUAAAUAUGUUCAAACCUUCAAAAAUGUUCGAAAGCAUUCCUAAUAGUAAAACAUCAACACUACAAGAUCCGAUCAGUGAGAUUAGUGAGGCCAUGCUUAUUACCAUAAAGGGGUGCAUUCUCCGACUGUUGUUGCCCCACUUUGAAGGGCAUUUUUCCAUCCAGGAUUUUAAAGGCUGAAAAUUUCAUUCAGAGAUAUCAAAAUUUCCUUAUGAAUGGAUCACCAAUCCCCAAAACCCACAAGGGAGGCUAUCAAAGAGAAAUCCAGGUGCUCAGUGUAAUAUUUCAGCAAAAAGUUCUAAUCCUAAAAACUCUCAAUUCGAAGAUGAAGAGAAUCGAGUUCAACAAUCCGAUAUAGCCUGUGAGAAAUUGAGGAUUGAACUCUUCGCGUUUAGUAUUAGCAAGUUGAUAGACCAGAUAGCUUAUUAUUACGAAUUCCUGUCCACAUCCUGCAUGGUAGUCUACCUAUGUUAUAUUCAGAAAUAUUUCAAAUGAAACCCUGAAAAGAAGUUUUCCAGUUUCAAGGAGGUUAAAAGACUCUUGUUCGUCCUAUUCACCAUAGCGUUUAAGUACACCGAAGACCUUGAUGUAGAACAUGAAUAUACCCUUGAUGUUUGAAAAGAGCUAAGAAUAUAUAGGAGACAGGAACAAGUUAAUGCAAAGACAACGGAAUUGAUGGGGUGUCUUAUCAAUGACCUUUUUGUUAACAACAAUAGUUUCAACAUUUGGGAAAGAGAAAUCUUCGAAGAAGCAGAUGUAAUUGGCCCUGAAGUGUAUGACAUCAUUGAUGACUACUUUUACUCUCAGAAUUCCCGAGAUUUGCGCAAAAAUAAGCCAACUAAGAACGGUAAAAGCAGAACUCCUGCUGCCAAGAAUUGAGCCUUACUCUUAGGAGGACAUAUUUUCAAGAAUAACAAGGAAGCUGAGCACUUCUAUGAAAUGAUUUCAAAUGCAGAUACAAUGACAACAAUAAGUACACUGAACUAAUCUCCUCACAGUAUAAGAGCUUUGCAAACCUUUUA